AUGGCUCCUACCACUAUCGACGAGAACCAUGUUCUCCUGUACAAGUGCCUGCAAUCCACCAAUGCGAAGAUCGAUUACAGCACUCUCGCCGCGUUGACAGGAUUGACGGUCGGAGCUGCCACCAAGCGCUAUGCCCGACUCAAGGAAAAGAUCGAAACCUCAAUUGCUGCCAGCGCAGGUGCUGUUCAGAGUCCGAAAGCAGCACCCAAGAAGUCCACUACGAGCAAGGGCACUGCCGCGCGCCAGCGUAAGGCCAAAGCCGUCUCUGGUCAAGACAUGUCGGCAGCCUCAAUUGCAGGGAAAGACAAUGAGUCUGAUGUCGCAGUCAAGGACGAAGCUGAUGUCGAGCCCACUGUCCCAAAACGCCAGACACGAGGACGGAAGAUUGACUACAACACAAUGUUUGGCGAUGACGUUUCGGCCCCAGGCUCUGGCGAUGACAGUGAGGAUGAUUUUGCCCUUGACGACAUUCGUGCCAAAGAAGAAGAACAUGAGGAUGAUCUAGAAAUGGAUUCAGACGCGAAUGUGAAGCGCUCUGCUAAGAGAGUCAAGACGAGCAUGCAAACCCCAACCAAGGCGUCGGCCAAAGAUCCUGCCACCCCAAAGGCACAGCGCCAGAGCACUGGCAAGAAGCCUACCGGUGCAGCAGCACGACAGGCUACCAGUGUGACCGAGGCGACAGCUAAAUGCAGCAUCUACUCUCCUGAUAAACCUCUGCCGAGCAUUGAGAAGUCUCCUCCGCCCGCUCGUGCCAGUGGAAGUGGAAACGGCAUUGGUGUUGGAGCUGGACUUGGACCCCGAGUUGGCUCUGCAAAGCGUCGCGCACCGCUCAACGAUGAUUUCGACCUAAAAUCUCUUCAGCCAGGUACUUUCAUUCCGUUCCCUGCAAAACGACAGCAGCCACUCUCGCCGAUCAUGUCGUGUGCUCCCUCCACCUUCGUUACAGCUGGCAGUCGAGGCAUGAGUCCGUCUGCUGCAUCGUCGCAAGACUCGGCCGGUGAAAUGCUUCAGCGUGAACUGGAUGAAGUUGACAUAAUUCGUCCUGAAGACAGCGUGUCAAUGGUUGGCCGCGGUCGUGACCUUGAGAGUACUCCCGUCAGUCCUGGCCAGAACAAGUUCCCGCUCUUCCGGGGCCUGUUGGACUGA